CCAUCAUCCAUCAUCACCACCCAUCGACACCUCCAUCGACAUCGACAUCGACAUCGACACCUCCAUCGACAUCGCCGUCGAUCAAUACCUACCACCGCCGUAUCCACUCUGUAACCACAUCUGUGCCCGCAUGCCCUCUCUAAACUCAACGUCCUCGGCCGCGCUCGGUGCCGUUGCGGCCACCAUCGCCCUGGUCCUGCAUGUCUUUGUCCUUCUCGCCUCGGCUCCGUGGUUGCAGGGCUUCUUCAGCACCCUGUCGCUCGUCACCAUCUUCGAUAGCUCGCCGCAGGGGGCCCUCCAGACCGAUACCGCGACCUUGGGCAUCUGGGGCUUUUGUGCGUUCUCGAGCGGCCGUUUGCUGCUCUGCAACGGCGUCGAUCCCAGCGGCAUCUUCCACCUCAGCUUUUCCUUGCCCGAUGGCGUCGCUGUGGUCGACACCAUGAAGACUCUUGGCCUGGACGAGAUUCUAAAGUCGGCCUCGGUCCCGUCCCCGCUGCUCUUCCUGCUGCUCAUCAUCACCGCCGGUCUGCUGCUCCUCGCCGUCAUUGUCGUCUUGGGCGGCAUCGUCAGCAUCUCGCUGUGGAUCUGCGGCUCGACCCUGGGGUCGCUCUUUGGCUUCCUCACCUUUGGCACCUCGCUCUCGAGCCUGAUCAUCAUCAUUCUGUCGUACCGGACUAUUGCCAACUCGCUGUCGGGCUCGCUGCCUGGCGUCUCAUGGCGCUUCGGCACCGCCUUCUAUCUCAUGAUUGUGGCGAGCUUCUUUGGGCUCAUCACCGCCGUUCUCCUGAUCCGCGCUCACCGCAUCAAGCAUAUCAUCAAGGAUCAGGAUCGAUACGGAAAUCGGUAUCCCUGAGUGCCGGGGAGUGCGCAAGAACGACCCCCCCCCGAUGGAGUGGUCGGCUCCUCACUUUCUUGCUCUCUUGUUCUCUCGCUCUCUUGCUCGCUCGGCCCUGCAUCCGCUGCGAUUCGGUUGUCCUAUUCUGUGCUAUCCUAUUUUCUUUUUUUUUGUUCCGCUUGUCGAGCUAUACAAUACACCAGAUUACCCGUCCUGC